AUUGCACUGCGCAUGCCCGGAACAGGUCGUCGGUAUGUCAACUGAACUGACAGGCGGAGUAAACGACAGUAGAGUUGUAAGUGUUUGUAUUGUUUUGUUUUUAUGUGAAGGAACGCCGCGAUAAUUACACUCGCUACAAAACAGACCGUCCGCACUGUGGAUAAAGUUGGACACGAAGUGUUGUUGUGUGACUGUGUGAAAACGACCGACGUGAUGCAACAUGGCAGCAGCUGCUGUCAAUCGGGUUUUUCUCUCAGCGCUGAGGACACACGGGUGGCGACAGAGCCGCGGACUCAGCUCUGCGGCGGAGGGGACAGUCGCCCGGCAGCCCUCUGUUGCUCCAUGUGACCACCGGGGAGCAGAGGGAGACAGGCGCCUGGACAGGAGAGCUCCUGCAGGGGACAGGAGAGGCGGUCAGAGCGGCAGCAGGUCUGCUCCGCUGCUCAGGUCAGUGGCGCUGGGUCUGGGACUCUGUGCUGCGGCGCAUCUGGACCUUCAACAGGACGGGGAACAAAGCGACAGAAGAGUUUCGGUGUCCGGGAGGUUUCUUGAGCACAUCCUGUCAUCGGCCCACUGUGCUUCUCCCUUCAAACCCGACAGUCCUCGGUAUAAAUACAACUUCAUCGCGGAUGUGGUGGAGAAGUCCACUCCAGCUGUCGUGUACAUUGAAAUCGUGGCCAGACACCCGUUUUCAGGAAGAGAAGUCCCGGUGUCCAAUGGUUCUGGUUUCAUCAUCAGCAGCGACGGUCUCAUCGUCACCAAUGCUCACGUUGUCGCCAACAAGCGAGGCGUCCAAGUGAAGCUCACCAACGGAAACACGUACCAUGCAACCGUGCAGGACGUUGAUCCAGUGGCAGACAUUGCCACAAUCAAAAUCACUGCAAACAAUCCUUUACCCACGCUCAAUCUCGGUCAGUCGUCUGAAGUUCGACAAGGAGAGUUCGUGGUCGCCAUGGGAAGCCCGUUUGCUUUACGGAACACAAUCACAUCAGGAAUUGUCAGCUCUGUCCAGAGAGGCAGUAAGGAGCUGGGCCUGUCAAACUCCAACAUGGAUUACAUACAAACGGAUGCAGCCAUUGAUUUUGGAAAUUCUGGAGGUCCCUUGAUUAACUUGGACGGUGAAGUCAUCGGUAUUAACACCAUGAAGGUCACUGCAGGAAUCUCCUUUGCUAUUCCGUCCGAUCACCUGAGAAUUUUUCUUGAUAAAGCAGCAAAAAGAAAAAGUUCCCGGCUGGGUGAGUCGGAGACAAAGCAGCGAUACAUUGGGGUAAUGAUGCUGACACUGACCCCGAGCAUCAUUGCUCAGUUGAAGUUAAGAGACCCGUCCUUCUCAGACGUGACACAUGGCGUCCUUAUUCACAGAGUCAUCACGGGCUCCCCGGCCAGCAGCUUUUUAGCCACAGUGGUGUCGUACUCGUUUCAGAGCUGGCAUGCUACCGGGAGACGUGGUGGUGGAGAUAAACGGGGUGAAGGUGAACUCUUCGGAGGAGAUCUACCAGGCUGUCCGCAGCAUCAACAAUAUCACCAUGGUGGUGCAGAGAGGGCACGAGCUGCUUCGAUUGCAAAUGACUCCGGAGUACACAGAGUGACACUCGUGACCACUUGUUGGCCUGAUAAACAGACUGUUUAGAGUAUAUGGACAUAAUUAGUUCAUGUGUGCAGGACAAAACUGAAAGCUGGUUAUGACUGUGACAUGAAAAUGUGUUCGACCGUGGUUCAGACUUGUUAAAUAUUUUGUUGUUACUACAAAGAGAAAAACAGCUGAUAAAAUACAGUAUCAGCUAAAAUGUGUUUUAUGGCAUAUUUUUCAGUUAGAUUAUUGCCCUUUUCUUCAUGGCACUUAACACAAUGAUUUAAUGUCUCAAACACAAAAGGUUUGAAUCGAUGUGAACCUGCCAGCGACUCAAGAUGCAGAAACUGUUCAGUAUUUAUUCCCUUUUUUAAAUACAAUGAACAAAAUGUGUCUUCUA